AUGACCCAGCUCCUUGGCAUAGGCGCCGCCUCUCGCCAGCCCAGCAUUGAGAUUAUACUUCUCUCGGUACUUGCUAGCGGCCAGAACGAGGCAUGCCAGCUGGCAACUCAGAAGACACAUGUGCCUUGCCACUUUGCCAAUUUGCUCAUCAGCUCAACGCCUCGUGUCUUUUCCAUCAACAACAUCCUUUGUCCUAUCCCAAUCUCAGCUCCAACCCGAGUCUUCCUCACCGCCGGGCCCUUACAGCGAAUGCAACUCAGGGUUGGGUUCUCUGUGACUGUACUCCUGUACGACCGGCCGGCCACAGCCGAGUACAGCAACCAUCGCUGCCGCAAAAAACCAAAAUCCCGUAUUCCUUGUUAUGCAUCCUGCAUGAUCAUCUGCGCCGGCCAUAAGUUGCCAUAG